AUGAACUUUUGGGAAAAUCGAGUGUUUCGCAUUAGUGGCAACAAAUUGACAGGAACAUGUGUUUUAAUCAAUGAGCGUCAUGUUUUAACCGCUGCGCACCUAUCCUUCAAGCUCAAUCAAUCGUACAAAAUCAAAGGAGCUGGAAAUCAAGAGUUUGCCGUCAACUGCAUUUUCAUUUGCAAACAUCGUGAUUUCGCCAUACUCCAGUCAGAUGAUUUUCCGAUUAUGGAACUGACAAUGGGCUCUCUGGGACGAGGUGCUAAAUACUUCCUGAUGGGCUAUCCGAACGGCGUCGAUUCUUCUAUUCCGACUAUCACAAAAGGAACCAUCGAAGGACAUAUGGACGAUUGUCUUCAUCUAGUCGGAACUCCUGGUCCGAAGCAAGGCUACUCAAGCGCUCCAGUCUUUAAUGAGUCGGGAAGAUUAGCAGGACUAUUGCUCGGCGGCACAACUGGAUUAAGUGUCAAUACGACCAUUCAAGAAUGUCUUGUUUCGUCUGCGGAACAGAAAUACGCGCGCAUCUUAGGAAUUGGCUACAUCGUUGACCGUCAUAAUCAAGGAAACUCAGACAGCGAAUCGUAA